GAAAAAGCAAAUAGCAAAGCGAUGCCAAUUAGACCGGCAAAACCGUCCCGGAGCAGUGGAGAGCAUAGCCACUGCACUACUUCUGCAUCGUUGGUUUCAUAAAGUCACAAUUUCGAAGAUAUUAUUUUCUCUGUUGGCUUCAAUGCUGGUGGCACGAAUGGAAUUGUCUUAUUAACGUCACUGACGGCCACAGCAGUUGGACUGCAUUUUAAAUCUGUGUGCUGUGUCUCGCUCUCAGCGGAUUGAACGAACGUUCCCUGAACCUGCAGCGAAGGAAUAGGGGGAUUUCAGCACCCUGGACAACGACUAGCAGUUUACGUAAACCGGUUCGCUAAACUCACCAAAUACUGGCCGUGACGAAGCCGGCACGUGGCAGAGGGGAGAGAGGAUGCUGGGUCUCUGGUCCAGUGUUAGAACCUCCCUCUUGGGAAGCCGGCGUUGGAUGCAGGGCCCCACGGGGCGCUGAUCCCUCUUCCGUGUCUCUGUGAUUUAUGGCUACUGGGGAUCUGGCCAUUGCAGACUCCUCUCUCACUUUCACAUUCACAAAUACACACACACUGCACCACUGGACAAAGCCACACACACUGCACACCCGUGCCCAGUGCUGCCCCAUAGAGUGACUCCUACACACACUGAACAAAAUAAUCUCUCUCAGCCUCCACACUCACUGAGGGACGGAGCCACACACACUGAGGGACGGAGACACACUCACUGAGGGACUGAGCCACACACACUGAGGGACGGAGACACACUCACUGAGGGACUGAGCCACACACACUGAGGGACGGAGACACACUCACUGAGGGACGGAGACACACUCACUGAGGGACGGAGACACACUCACUGAGGGACGGAGACACACUCACUGAGGGACGGAGACACACUCACUGAGGGACGGAGACACACUCACUGAGGGACGGAGACACACUCACUGAGGGACGGAGACACACUCACUGAGGGACGGAGACACACUCACUGAGGGACGGAGACACACUCACUGAGGGACGGAGACACACUCACUGAGGGACGGAGACACACUCACUGAGGGACGGAGACACACUCACUGAGGGACGGAGACACACACACUGAGGGACUAAGCCACACUCACUGAGGGACGGAGCCACACACACUGAGGGACUGAGCCACACUCACUGAGGGACGGAGCCACACACACUGCCCCAUAUAACCUCCCAUUGCACCACUGUGUCCUAUACACACCCCUCUGUGUAUCCUCCACUCCCCCUGAGUGUGUAGAUUAGCUCCAGUAUGAGUCAUGGAUCGUCAGCCUAAGAGGCGCCUGCUUUACUAGCAGAGGUGGAUCAAUGGAACUGCACUGAGUGAUGAGAUGAUAUUCCUGAAUUCACAUGGCUUGAGAAAAAUCACCUGACAGCAGCCGUGCAAAGACUGACCCCCCUAACUUCGCUGUUUUUCAUCAGUGGACUGCCUCUCACAGAACUGACUCUUCCUGGACUGACUCUCACAGAACUGACUCUUCCUGGACUGUCUCUCACUGGACUGACUCUCACAGAACUGACUCUUCCUGGACUGUCUCUCCCUGGACUGACUCUCACAGAACUGACUCUCCCUGGACUCUCUCUCCCUGGACUGACUCUUCCUGGACUGACACUCACUGGACUGACUCUCACUGGACUGACUAUGACUCACUGGCAUCCCCCAGGGAUAACCGUUAUCCCCCUUUGACAUUUACGACAUGGCCAUGUCCCUUUUUCUGAACCUGUUCUAUUUCUAAACUCGGAAGCCGUGGACUGGAGGUGAGAGCCAGUGGGCGGUCAGCUCCUCACCAUGGUGUUGCCGCCCCCUGACAAACGCCACGUGUGCCUGACCACCAUCGUCAUCAUGACCAGUAUGGCCUUCAUGGAUGCCUACCUGGUGGAGCAGAACCAGGGGCCCAGGAAGAUUGGCGUGUGUAUCAUUGUGUUGGUCGGGGACAUCUGCUUCCUCAUCGUGCUGCGCUACGUGGCCGUGUGGGUGGGCGCCGAGGUACGCACGGCCCGUCGCGGCUACGCAAUGAUUCUCUGGUUCCUCUACAUCUUUGUACUGGAAAUCAAGCUCUACUUCAUCUUCCAGAACUGCAAGGCCGAUAGGAAGUCCCUGGAGACGGUGGCCCGGAAAGCCUUGACUCUGCUACUGUCUGUGUGUGUCCCGGGGCUUUACUUGGUUCUAGUGGCUCUGGACAGCAUGGAGUACGUGAGGACCUUCAGGAAGAAGGAGGACAUGCGGGGGAGGAUCUUCUGGGUGGCUCUAGAUCUUCUGGAUCUUCUGGACAUCCAGGCCAACCUGUGGGAGCCUCAGCGGACCGGCCUGCCCAUCUGGGCCGAGGGGCUGAUGUUCUUCUACUGCUACGUCCUUCUCCUCACCCUGCCCUGCGUCUCCCUCAGCGAGAUCUCCACGCAAGGAGAACACGUGUCGCUCCAGAAGAUGAUGCUCUACCCUGUCCUCAGCCUGAUUACCAUCAACGUGGUCACUAUCCUGAUCCGCGGAGUCAACAUGGUGCUGUUCCAGGACAGUAGAGUCUCCACCAUCUUCGUCGGCAAGAACGUGGUGGCGAUCGCCACGAAGGCAUCCACCUUCCUGGAGUACCGGCGUCAAGUGAAGGAGUUCCCUCAACCACAGAACGCCAUGGCGUUGGAGCUGCAGCAGAACUCUGUGGGCCACGGACAUACACCCCACACGUCCCACUCGCAGCCUCUAGCCAACUCCACAAAUCUUCCCCACGAACCCUCGCCAGCGCGACACAUGGAAACAUGACCGCCAGCACUAGACUGUCUGGACACCAGCGGAGCAUUGCCACCGCUGCCGUCAGUGACUAACUACAGUGACUAACUACAAUGACUAACUACAGUGACUCGUUCUGUCUAUCCAGUCUCUGAGAGUUUGGUAUUAAGAGAAAUGUGGGUUUCAUGACAGGAUGGUAUUCUCCUGCCUAUCAAGCCCACUUGAACAGAGGAUAUAACAACUAGAGGGAUAUUUUCAGCCUCUGUCUGCCUGUCUGUCUAUUGGAGAAGGAUACAAAUUCACCGUCUUGAUUCUGACAAGAGCGAACUGAUGUGGUUUUAUUUGUUUUUAAAUGAACUAUUUUAUUCUGCAGCUGAGUAAUGUAACAGUACAUUUUACAAUUUGUUCCUCUCUGAAUAUCUGUGAUUUUCUAAAACCCCUUUCGACUGUCCAUUGCGUGGCUUUUUUCUUUGUAGUCCUUAAAAAGGAGGUAUACCACUCACCCUGCAGAAGCACUAAGUUGAAGUGGAGGAAGAGAGGAUGGAGAGGAAGGGAAGGAGAAAGGGUCAAUAAGAAGGGUGAGAAUUCAGCCUCUACUUUAAUUCUGCUGAGAAAGGAGCUAACUGAAGUCUGCUGCCUCGGCCUGUGUGAAGUUUUACGACCAAAUGGUCUGCUGCCUCGGUCAGUGUGACGUUUUACGACCAAAUGGUCUGCUGCCUCGGUCAAUGUGACGUUUUACGACCAAAUGGUCUGCUGCCUCGGUCAGCGUGACGUUUUACGACCAAAUGGUCUGCUGCCUCGGGUCAGUGUGAUGCUUUACGACCAAAUGGUCUGCUGCCUCGGUCAGUGUGAUGCUUUACGACCAAAUGGUCUGCUGCCUCGGGUCAGUGUGACGCUUUUCGACCAAAUGUAUGCUAAAAGCACCAGAGCUCAGCACUAUACACUCUAUUUGAGGCAGCCAACAGUGUGUGUGAUUCUGCGUGUGUGUGUGCUUGUGUGUGUGUGUGUGUGUGUGUGUGUGUGUGUGUGUGUGUGUGUGUGUGUGUGUGUGUGUGUGUGUGUGUGUGUGUGUGUGUGUGUGUGUGUGUGUGUGUGUGUGUGUGUGCACACGUGUGAGGGGGCAGAGGGGUGCUCGUGUGAAACUGUAUUUCAAGUUCAAGUCUUGUCACAUGCACAAGUACAGUGAAAUGCUUCACUUCCAAAUGUACCCAGCAGCGCUGUAAUCAAUAUCAAAAUAUUAUAACUAAUAAUACAUUUUAUUUAACAAAUUAUACUAAUAAUGAUUAUUAUAUAAAUAAAACAUGGGAAAUAAGAAAGGAAGCUAUAUACAGGGUCAGUGCCAAUACCAAAUGUACAAUGUGCAGGAUACGGAAGUAUUUGAGGUAGAUAUGUACAUGUAGGUGGGGUUUAGGAAAAAGUGACUGGUAGCAGGAUCCGUAAUAAUAAUAAUAGUAAUCAGUGGGUGUGAAAGAAACCUUCCUGUACUUUCCUCCACAAGUAAAGCCUUGAAGUCAAAGAAUGCAGAGUGCAGACAGCCUCAUUGACAAACGUUUGAAUAUAAAUGUACAAUCCAACCUGAAAACUGAAAACUAUUUCUACUUAAUUGAUGAAGUGAGUAUUAAAGUAUUAUUAUUAUUAUCGUUAUUAUUACAUGUACAUUAUUUAUUAAAUGUGUAUGUUUUAAUAAAAGUA